AUGUUUACAUCUGAAAAAUGGGUUAAUAGUGCUUAUUGCUCUAGGCCGGAAGCCAAAUUUGCAGAAAAUGUUGUUUUGGCUGAUAAAAGGUUUUGGAAAUCAAUACAUUAUUGCUUGAAAAUUGUGUCUCCUCUUGUGAAAGUUCUUAGACAUGUGGAUGGUGAUUCAAAACCUGCAAUGGGAUACAUUUAUGAGGCUAUGGAUAGAGCAAAGGAAGAAAUAGCAAAGGAAGAAAUAGCAAAGAGUUUUAAUCAUGAGGAAAAGAGAUAUAAGGAUGUAUGGGAAAUCAUUGACAAGCGUUGGGGUUUACAACUUCAUAGGCCUCUUCAUGCAGCCGCCUAUUUUCUUAAUCCAAAGUUCCACUAUGACACAAAGUUCAACCCAGAUCGUGAGGUUAAAACUGGCUUGUGGAAGACAUUGGAGAAGAUGUGUCUCCUUAUUGAAACAAGGAUCACAAUUGAUUCCCAAAUUGAGAAAUUUGACAGGGCUGAAGGACUCUUUGGAAAUAGUUUAGCAAUUGCAACUAGAGCUAGGAAGCAACUUGCUUUAUGGUGGAAUAGUUUUGGAGACGACUGCAAAGAGCUGCAAACAAUAGCUAUUCGUAUCAUAAGCCUCACUUGCAGUGCUAUAGGGUGCGAGAGAAAUUGGAGUGUGUUUGAUCAAAUUCACUCUAAGAGAAGAAACCGUUUAGAGCAACAAAGGUUGAAUGCUCUUGUGUUUGUUAAAUACAACCUUCAACUUGAAAUUAGGCAAAAACAAAGGGAGGAAAAAGGAGACACAUAUGAUCCUAUCUGCUUAUCAGAUUUAGAUUCUGACGAGGAAUGGAUUACUGAGCAAGAGGAGCUUUGCCUAAUGGAUGAGGAAUCUUGGAUGGAUGUUCAUGAGUGCUUCAACGUUGAUGAAGGAGACCAAAGCAAAAAGAGAAAGAGAGGUCCUCGAAAUCUUCAAGAUGAUAGGAAUGAUAAAGGCAAAGGCAUCUUAAUACAAGAGGAUGUCAACAGGAAUGAUAACAGAAAAGGAUCUCAAAUUAUUGAACAAGUUAUGGGAGAUGAGUCAGAUGACUCUACUAAUGGAGAGGAUGAAGGACUAGAUAUGCCAAUACUAGAUCCUGAUAGUGAUAGUAGUGAUAAUAUUAGUCUUGAAAUUUAAUGAAUAUGAGAAAUAACUGGUUUUAGAUUUGGUUACUUAUGGAUUUUGGUAUUUAGAUUUUUUUUUAAUUUGGAUUUAUAUGAUAUUAUAUAUUUUUAAGUUAUUUUUAAUUUGUUUCUGAAUCUUACGAUUCGAUACGAUUCACGAUGCAAAAAAGCAGCCGAACGAUUCACGAUACGUAUUGCGAUUCAACAACCAUGCUCUGUUGUACUAGUUGUUCGCUGAAAAUUCCACUUUGUUAUGAUCCACUAUACUCUGUG